UCUUCUUUCCUUCUUAAAUUCUUCCUCCUUCAUUUUUUAUUUCGUGUUUGUUUGUUUUUUACAAACACGCUAUUCUAUCUACCUCUCUGUUCAACUUACCUCCAGAUCUCACUCAAACUUUCUUUCUUUCUACUUUCUCCUGUCACGCGCGCUAUUGAUCUACCUAUCUUUCUAUUUCUACCACUUAUAAUCAUUUCGUAUAAAUACACAGACUUACUCUCUGCCCCCCCCCCCCCGCUCUCUCUCUCUCUCAUUCUGCUUCCGUUUCUUCCUCUCUCCUUCAGUUACUGUCUGUAUUUCUCUCACACACUCUCAGAGAGCCUCAUUUGUGUGUUAGCCAUAUCGUCGCAUCUGUUUCUCUAAAAACAUACAUUCAAACAUACAUACACACACAAGCAUAUAUAUAUAUAUACAUACAUACACAUACACACACACACACGCGCGCGCGUACAAACACACUCACAGACACACUCUCACAUCAGAGGAUUAUCCAGGGAUUUAGCUGCUGACAACAAUGGGAUCACCACAUUUGGAUAUUUUUGGAACUUAAGGGCUCGUGCCCGGGUGAUAUAUAUACGUACUUUACAUCAGUAUAUAAUAUAUAUAUAUAUAAUAUAUAUAUAUAUAUAUAACAUAUAUAUAUAUAAUGUGGCAUUAUGGAUCAUAAGAUCCAGGGUGGGUCUUGCUUGUGCUGACAUCCCUGAUGUUUCUAAUAGCAACACUUGCUAUUCUAGCAAACGACUCUGGAGCCAGCUCAGAUCGCCGGAGCGACCUCCCUUCAGCCACAUCCUUGGCAGCAUCUCGAAACGCCUCGCUCCGUCACCAACAACAGCAACACCCCACAUCAAUAGGAAUUCGGAAAAGGGACCCCACAUCAUCGGCCAACACAGCGGCAUCCGAUCACCAUCACCAUUUUCCACAUCACCACUCACAUCAUCAUCAUCACCACCAACAUCCUCCACCAUUAUUGUCUUCAACUAGUACGACUGCGGGAGAUCCAACCACAGCCACAUCAGGAUCAUUCCGUGCUAAACAAGGUCGAUCCGAAGUGAAAAUAGCUGAUCCUGUAGUGACGAGUGGUGUUAGUGGUUCUUUACAGCUAGCAGCGUCUCCAGCAGUCGUGCAACCUCCAGGUAGUCUUAUUCCUGCAGGCAACAAUAACCUUCCUAUUCAAGGAGGUGGCAGAGGAGUUGGCAGUGGUGGUGUUGGCAGUGGUAGUGUGGUAGGUGUGGGAGUAGGAGACAUGUCGUCGGCCCUGCAACGACCCUUCUAUGCAACAUCCUCAAUAGGAAGCCCUCCUGAUCCGGCUUCAAUUUUGAGGAGUAGGGAAGUUUCUAAACGUGUUAUCCUAAAUGUGGGUGGGGUAAAACAUGAGGUAUUGUGGCGCACUCUUGACCGCAUGCCUCAUACUCGGCUUGGUAAGCUGAGGGACUGUAAUACACAUGAUGCAAUUGUUGACCUUUGUGACGAUUAUAGCUUGGCCGAAAAUGAAUACUUUUUUGAUCGACAUCCUCGAUCGUUUGCCUCCAUCCUCAACUUUUACCGCACUGGAAAACUUCACUUGGUGGAGGAAAUGUGUGUGCUGGCAUUCAGUGAGGACUUGGAGUACUGGGGUGUAGACGAACUUUAUUUAGAGUCAUGUUGUCAGCAUAAAUAUCAUCAGAAAAAAGAACAUGUGUUUGAGGAGAUACGCAAAGAGGCUGAGAGUCUCCGAAAGGGAGAGGAUGAAGAUUUUGGUACCGGCUCGUUUGCCAAAUGGCGACAACGAGUUUGGGACCUCCUUGAGAAGCCGACAACGUCCAUGGCUGCGAGGGUCUUGGCCAUUGUGUCCAUUCUCUUCAUUGUCCUGUCUACCGUGGCGCUAACAUUAAACACAAUUCCUGGGCUCAAAGGUGAAGGAGAGCAGGAAGGGGCUGAUAACCCACAGCUUGCAAUUGUAGAAGCUGUUUGCAUUGGAUGGUUUACCUUGGAAUAUCUGGGACGAUUCUGGGCCUCCCCGAAUAAGUGGAAAUUUUUCAAAGGACCUUUGAACAUUAUAGACCUAUUGGCAAUCAUGCCUUAUUUCAUUUCCCUAGGAUUGACUGAGACCAACAAGAGUACGACGGAACAGUUCCAAAAUGUCCGCAGAGUGGUGCAAAUCUUUCGAAUAAUGAGAAUUCUGCGAAUUCUAAAACUUGCAAGACAUUCAACUGGUCUGCAAUCCUUAGGGUACACUUUACAGAGAAGUUAUAAAGAGCUAGGUCUAUUAAUGAUGUUUUUGGCCAUUGGAAUACUCUUAUUCUCAAGCCUUGCCUACUUUGCGGAAAAAGACGAACCAGGAACUAAGUACGUUAGUAUCCCCGAAACAUUCUGGUGGGCUGCCAUCACUAUGACGACGGUAGGAUAUGGUGACAUCUACCCGACGACGAUCCUGGGAAAAGUUGUUGGUGGCGUAUGUUGUAUUUGUGGUGUGCUAGUUAUUGCGCUUCCAAUUCCAAUCAUUGUCAAUAAUUUCGCCGAAUUUUAUAAAGAUCAGAUGAGAAGAGAAAAAGCAUUGAAACGUAAGGAGGCUCUCGAGCGGGCGAAGAGGAAUGGAAGCAUAGUCUCCUUCCACUCCGUCAAUCUGAGGGAUGCCUUCGCCAAAAGUGUCGACUUAAUGGAUGUUGCCUCCGAGGUUCCUAGAAACGACUGGGAUACAAACAGUGUGGAGACGAAAUCCAUGAGUUCACCACCGCCUUGUGUGAUGCGGGGCUCAAACCCCAAUACACCCAAGUUGAGUGGGCAAGGUGGAACAACAAACUUCAACUGCAAAGAGAAUCAGGAAAAUCCCAGCAACACCAACCUGUUGGAUAUAGAUGAGGAGUCUUUGCAUCGGAUGACGACCCAAGCUUCAACUGAUACUUCAAUGCAGAACAAGUUUGAAUUUCCCUCAGAUCCUAUUAAUGGAAUGGACAGUGACAAUAAAGGCUGUAUUGAGAUGAAGACACUUCCUCGUCAAGAAAGUACUGCUAGUACGGAUACUUAUGCCAGCUGUUUCACACACCCGCAGAGUAGUCCUUCUAUCACAGGACGAUCUACUGAUCCAGCAAAUCAGGCAAAUAUUUGUGUCAAUCCAUUGGAGGAGCCAUCUUAUCAAAGUCAACUACCAUCUUACGAAGCUGUGAUGCAAUGUGAUUUUGCUAAUAACACAUCGAACUCAGAUGUUACUAACUAUCAGAAGGCUCCUCCAUUGGGUAGUGCAAUAUGCCAAAGUUUCAGUGGCAAUGUCAACCAGCCAUCUGAUCAGAUUAUACAGAAAAUUGAUGAUGGUUUAACCGCAACAUGGCAACGAAAUGUCUUAAUAUCUUCAGGUACAACUCCAUCAUCAUCUGUGGGUGAUGUUAGAGUUCAGACCAAGAUUGGUAGCCAUUCUGGCGGUGCUCCAUCAACAACAAAAACAGCCCUUAAACGAUAUAAGUCACUUUCGGGGGAAAAACAUCCUCGUUUUGCAGACUCUCAGAUUGAAAGAACAUAUUCUUCCACAGACAAUCUUCACAGAUACUCAAGACCAAAGUUGAAAUUUCGCAAAACAUCAUCUUUAUCAAGUCGUCUCCAUGCUAGUCCUGCUACAGGAAAAAAACUUGCGAAUUAUCAUCUUAUUGCACAUUCAAAGUCAGAUAAAAUCAAAGAUAACUCCUCCUCUGAUUCCUACUCAGAGCAGUCACCCUCAGUAAAGAGAGCUACACCAACCAUCAUUUCAGAUUCUCCUGCUACUUUGAAAAAAAAAUCGAUACUGAAAAAAGAUGCUUUAAAUAAAGAAGAGACUGAAACUCUUCUUGAAAAUUUCGCCGGGGAUCAAAAAACUCUAUGUUCCCAGACGUGUCGUCCCAAAAAUAUCAUGGACUCUGUGACUAUUGUCAACAACUAUCAAACAUUCAAUAAUCACAGUAAUAACGAACUUUAUAACAACCAACAUCAGUUCCACCACCACCACCACCAUCACCAAAACCAAAACCAUCAACUGCAACAGCAACAAUUGGAAACUGCCAACCCAACCAUCCUAUCAGCCAUGGUAACGUCUCCACCGAUUAAAGUAAUCUGUCCAAGCAUCGACUUGGACGAGGAGUCUGGUGCCAUGGCUAUUUCUUCCACCCCUACCCCUUCACCUACCGGCCCAACAGAUGAAUUGGAUUCUCCAGACAGUGACACCCAGAGCAACACUUCUGAAGAACGGGAAGGAGAAGAACUGGAAUUCAGUGACAGUGCAGCUAGCCUAGAGAAACUUAAGUGCUGGAAAGACUUGGACAAUAAAGAGCAACAGUUGCUUUGGCAACAGGACACAAGCCCCUCGGACAAUAUGGAUAAUGAUGAAAGCUAUCAAGGUACAAAUUCUGUUGACCAAUCAGCCUCAGAUAUUAGUCUCAUUGAACAGCCAACGUCAAGGUCAUCCCCAUCCAAUGAAGGUGAUAACCAUAUGGACAUUGAUAAAUAUGGUGACAAAUGUGCGGACUAUAUGACCGAAAAGAUGACUUCUUUGACGUUAGCUCAAAAUGGAGACUAUCCUCUCGACAAUUUAAUUAAUGAUAUUGAAAAAAAUUCUGAUGAUCCAAAAGACAAUGUAGUAUCAGCUGACGCCAGUGGCUAAUAUGUCAUUAGCGGAAGCUAAAUGGAAAUUAAAUGAGCCUCAUCUACAAGACGGCUCAAACUGGGUGACCUGGUAGAUAAGAUUUAUCAUACCCUUUGAUAUCGUUAUAGCAUGUAUGAAUAUCAAAUACUUAAAUGUUUUAAACAUAUAUAGUUUUCUAUCAUAUUCAUUUAAAUUUAUAAAUAUCAUUUCACAUUAAUUACCUUCUUUUUAAGCAAGCAUAUUAUAGCACUUAAAGUUAUCAUUUAUCUAAUGAAAAUCUAGUUUUAUUAUCGGUAGUGAGUACCAAGGUAUAGCAUUAAGUUGUUGAGAAUCCAAAUUUGCGACCCAGUUUUUACCUCUCCAGCUGGAACUGCUUUAUUUACUUCACUAAAAGCUCUCUAUAGUGCUAAUAUCUCAUGCCACAUGAAGAAAUUAGAAGCAUUCCUCAAUAAGCUAUGUUUCUUCUUUGGUUACAGCACUUGCUAUAUUCUUCACAUACCUCUAAAUCAUACUGGAUUCAGGCUCAUCUUACUCACAUAUAUACCAAUCUAUCUUUCUAUAAAAUGUAUCUUAACAAAAUGCCAGUGUCUCCAUAAUAUAUCUACCUUCACACAUUUAAUGUCUAUGUGAAUGAAUAAGUGAAAAGGCACAUUCUCUGGAUGCUAACUUCACUUACUUUUAUCUGAAGUUGACUCCAAAGUGGGUGAAAUCCCUAUUUUAGUCAACUACAUAGGAGUAGCACUGGAAUUUAAGGUGAAUAUUAUUAUUAAUAUGCAAAGGUAAGUUCACACUAACAGAGCAUUAUCUUGGAGUUGUAAGGUUCCAAUUCUGUUGUGUUUCUUCUCAGUCAUCAUUCUCAGAAUUCUCUUGAAACAUUUAAAGAACUUUUAGUUAAAUAAAUACAAAGUAAUGGUACCAACAUACAUAAUGUCAUAAUUGAAUGUUCAACUGAUUUUGAUACAUUAAUCAGUUUUCUUUCAACAGUGUAUUAACUUCAACAUUUAACUUCUAUGUUUUAACAUUUGAAGCAUUGUCAAAAAUCCACAAAAAUAAAUUGAAAUUUUUAAACAAUCAUGAGAAGUGAAAAAUGUAUUAAAGAAUUAGAAUACUCUUUUUAAAUGUUUAAAUUUGUUAAUUUUUACCAUUGUUGUUAUGGUUGUUUAUGCUGAUAUUUCAACAAGUGUUAUUGUAUUUUCACAGGAAAGGUUUAACCUAACAUUUUGCUGCCUCAGAUUGCCACAGAUGCUGUCAAGAUGCAGAAAGAGAUGUUUAUGAAACCUUGUUCUCGUGACAGACAGUAAACUGAUGUGCAGUGUCUGUAGUAUUUACUUGUGAUAUUUUAGCCAAUAAGACACUGUCUGCAACACCAGCUAAUGAAUGACAUAACUCAACUGUCACAAUGAAAAGGUUUAAAAAAAAUUGCUAAUGAAAAAAGAAAAUUAGAAAACAAACAAAAACUAAAGAAUAUGAGAAAUUGAGUGCUUCCCCCACAGCAAAAGAAUUAAGUAUGGAUUCACAAGUGUACGUGCAAAAGUGAAGCUUAGUGUCAGUAAUCUGGCAAUAUUUCAUGGAGUCUAUGAUUCUUGCCAAAAAGGAAUUCUCUUGAUUUUGUGAAGGGCACCUGUUUGUAAGUAGAUCAUAUUUGACUGAGAAGAGCAAAGGGAAAAA